AUGGCCCAACUAAUACAUGACUCCUUCUUCGGCCGACUGCUGCGGUACUUGUCGAAGGGGAAGUUAUUGCCGCAUGAAGAGACCAAGAACCCAGCUCUGUUGAAGCCAUUCACCACGGAUCACUACCACAAGUUCUCAGACAAGCCGUCACCCGAGGUGCCAGCGUCUGAUGCCAGUACCCUCAACAACAGCGAUGGAGAGUUAGCCGAGAAAGGGAAGGAUCCCCUUAUCGUGGGCUGGUAUGGCCCUGAUGAUCCAGAGAAUCCCCUCAACUGGUCAAACUUUACCAAGUGCGCCAUCACCUUUGAGUUGUGCUUUUUGACGUUCGCCGUCUACGUUGGAUCUUCAGUCUAUACAGCCGGUGUGGUGAGCGUAAUGAAGGACUUCAAUAUUGCCCAGGUGCCCGCAACUCUCCCGUUGACAGUCUUCGUGUUGGGCUUUGGCUUGGGACCAAUGACCUUGGCACCACUUAGCGAAGCGCCUGCGGUUGGGAGAACGCCGAUAUAUAUCUGGUCACUUCUGGCCUUUGUCUUGCUCCAGAUACCUGUCGCUCUAUCGGUCAAUCUCCCUAUGCUUAUCGUCUUCCGAUUCAUUACCGGCGUUUUGGGCUCCCCGCCGCUCGCGACUGGCGGUGCGUCAAUUGCGGAAAUCUUCACGCCACGCAAGCGAAGCCUAGCCAUCGCCAUCUGGGGUGUCGCAGCUAUUUUCGGACCUGUGUUGGGGCCCCUCAUCGGAGGCUUCGCUGCCCAAGCCAAGGGCUGGCGCUGGACCAUCUGGGAGCUGAUGUGGAUCUCCGGCAUCGCCCUGGUCAUGUUGUUCUUCUUUUUGCCCGAGGUCAACUCGAAGAACAUUCUUUACCGCCGAGCGCAUCGACUUCGCAAACUGACCGGCAACGACAAACUCAUGAGCGAGGGGGAGAUCGUAUACAAGAACGUCACCGUCAAGAAGGUCGCCUACCUCACGAUCAUCCGCCCCUGGAUCCUCACCUUCACUGAGCCCCUAGUCUUCCUCCUCCACACAUGGACUGCACUGAUCUUUGGACUCUUGUUCAUCUGGUUCACCUCAUUCCCUCUGGUGUUCCAAGGAGUCUACGGGUUUAAUGCAGGCGAGACCGGCUUGACCUUCCUUGGCCUUCUGGUCGGAGCACUUUUGUGCGUUCCCCCAUUCGUCUGGUAUGACCGUGGAGUACAACGCAGGAUGUUCGAUGAAGGCGGUCAGAUCUCGAAGCCGGAGCAGCGUCUCGUACCGGCUAUGGUCACAGCGGCUACCAUUCCCAUCUGUCUCUUCUGGUUUGGCUGGAGCGCGCAGAAGGACAUUCAUUGGAUCAUGCCCAUCAUCGGAACAUGCUUCUUUGCGGUCGGCGCCUUGGUUAUCGUGAAUGCCGUUCUGAGCUAUUUGCCCGACGCGUUCCCGACGGAGAUUCCCUCGGUCAUGGCUGGGUCCGCCUUUAUGCGAUUCUCAUUUGGUGCCGGAUUCCCCUUGUUCGCGCCAGCGAUGUACCACAACUUGGGCAUCCAUUGGGCGAGCUCCCUGCUGGGGUUUCUCGGCUUGGCUUAUGUGCCGAUUCCGUUCCUGUUCUACUUUGUGAGUAUUCAUCCGCUUGUCUCGACGGGCUGGAGCAGUGACUGA